CAAAACUCUUAUUUAUUCUAUCCAUAGCCAGCUGAACCAUCUUAGCUCGUCACAAAAAUGCUGGAUAUUGAAACUUGAAUCUGUCCCAAAGGAACAAACUUCUGUUGAAAAAAGUCUGGAAUUCGAGACGAGUUCGUACUGCUUUUCAAGGUUGUGACACGCCUGCCGUAUUGCAGCAGGGUAAAUGGAUUCUAAACCCCGUGAAUCCAGGACGAACUUUCGAGUGGGCUGUAAAAAAUGUGGAUUUACCGGUCAUUUAACAUUUCAAUGUCGCAAUUAUUUACGCGGUGGUGUAUCAGGUGAUGUGGUUCUAGAUGUAAGCAGUACCAGCUCUCAGUCUGAUGAGAGCGAAAUAAUUGCAGCAGCCUUAGAAUUACGACGUGCUUCAAUGGGUACGUUGACCUGCUUACACUACACCAUAUCGUGUACAAAUGUUUAUUUCCUCAUUGUACUAUCGGUUCGCUUUGUUUGCCUACUUAUCCUCAUGUUGGGAAUCUAAUAUUCAACGAUGCCGAGUGUCAGUGGUAGACCACUAGUAAGUCCGUAGAUUUAUGUUGUUAGGGGACAGGACUUUUGUGCUACCACACUUACAAUGGUUUAAGAAUGAGACAAUGUAGUUAUGUAGAAAUUACUUCCCUGAAUAAGUAUCGCCCUAGAUAUUUAGUUUUGAUAUCGACCUUAUUGGUUCUGACGGAUAAGACUGGUUGAAAGGUUUAUGUUAAUGAUUAUAGCUGUGUAAAUUCUGUGAAACAUCACGCCCUUGGCCAGAUAACCCAGCAGUUAGGCCACUGAAUAUCGGUCAGCUUACCAAUCCUUGUCAAGUUUAAUUGCGACCUGUUAUAUCUGAGCGUAGUAUAAAUGAUUGAUAACUGCUGGGAGUUAUUGUCAUACAUAUUUUUAUUGGAUAAUUACCAGGUAACUAAAUUGUGUAUGUAUAUAUCCGUAUUUCUUUAAUCUCAAGCUUUCGUAUUACCAAUUGUGUACUGCAAUGUGGUUUGCCAUUCUUAGCUUCCACCCAAUUUGUCAGUUUCAGUAUCCCACACUCACAGCUAACUUUGGCAUGAUCUUGUACAAUUAUUAUUAUUUCAUUAUUUUGUGUGAUGAGGUCUGGUCUGUUUAUAUGUCUGAAAUGUACGAUCCACGCAGUGGAGGUUGAUAUUUGUGUUCUGGACUGAAGGGACUAGACUAGGUGGAUAAUUGCUAUGAAAAGUACCGAUAGGGACUCAGGGUUGAUUCAAGGCUGCUAAUGCUGUCUGACGCAUCAUCAGUUUAGCACAGGGGCGAGGUAAUAGAAGUCGGCAUUCUGAUAGGUGGCUUUGUCACGUGAUAUUUGACAGGUCAUGGAACAUUAUGCAACCAACUUACAUUAAAGGACAGGCUCAUUCGGCAGUGGUCGCGAUCUGUUGCUUGUACCUAUUCUUAAUAAUAUAUUUGUGUAAUGACGGUGGUUUCUCAGGUGAUGUGGUCCUAGAUGUAAGCAGUACUAGUUCUCAGUCUGAUGAGAGCGAAAUAAUUGCAGCAGCCUUAGAAUUACGACGUGCUUCAAUGGCUGCAAAGAAGGAAAAGAAAAUGAAAAAGAAGAAACAAAUGUCGAAGCGGAAGCACUCGACCACAGGGUCUUCAGAAAGUAGUAGUAGUAGAUCGUCCACCCCCGAUCACUAUCAUCAUCACCGUCAUCAUAAGAAAAAACACAAAUCGAAGAAGUUACAUAAACGCCCAAAAAGAAAGCAUAAACAUUCUAGAAGUGAAUGACUGUGUUUUUUGGUGAAGGCUUUUAUUCCUUAUUUAUGUACAGAUUUCUCUGUAAUGAAAUAAAUUGUUACUUUUUAAUAAAUACAUUUCUGUUGCACACAUGAAUCGGUAGUAUUAGUAAGGUACUCCGAUGUCAGCUAAAAAUCCAAGUACAUGAAAAGCAUUACUUGCUCCACGUCACUUGUUGUUUUAUUUGAAAAUAGAUUUAUUUGUUUGAACACAUAAAUAUUGGUACAAAGGGGCACCAAAUACAUAUGCGCCACACAAAAAUUUCAUUUGGUUUGUGUGUGGGCUGUGACAUUGCCUGGGUUCUCGGACCAAAGCAGGUGGUUUUCUUAGGGGGCGACACCCGGAACCUCCGACCUAAAGGUCUGACCCACAAGGCAGUGGGGCAUCGUAAGGAGAUGCAGUCCCGUGGAAGGCAAUGACCAGCGAUUGGUUCAUACGCCAUUUGUUCCCUCAGGAUACUGGAGCCCAUGUGCACCAUUGGUUUGGGAUCCGGUUAAAGAGCCGGACAUUCGCUUUUCGUCCUCUCAUUUUCGUAGACAACACCCCCGCCACGAGAAGGCAGUGAGUAGGACUUCCCUGGCAGAGGCUGUAUACGCGUGGCUGUGUGAGAGCAUUUAGAGAGGGAGGGCGGGCCCACCUUGCUCUCGGCCAUACCAGGGCAUUUGGGGGCGAAUUGGGGUCUGGGUUUUCAACACAAACUGACAUCAAGUAUAGUACAAUAACCUUGCCAUUCUCCUGUUUACAAACUUCAGGAACUUGGGCUUGAGAUUU